CCGGCGCGGCCCUGCCCGCCCCUACUUAAGGCGGCGGCGGCGGCCGCGGCGGGAGGCGGUGGCAUGGCGGCAGCGCGCCGCCCGAGCGGCGGGGGGCCCCGGCGGCCCCCCCAGGAGGGUCGGCUGGAGGCCAUCAACCAGGAAUUUCUCUGUGACCCAAAGUUCAGUGAUGAAGAAGAUCUGGAGGAGAAGUUGGCAGUGUUCAAAGAGAAGUACAUGGAGUUUGACCUGAAUAACCAAGGCGAGAUUGAUUUGAUGUCUGUCAAAAGGAUGAUGGAGAAAAUGGGGGCUCCAAAGACCCAUCUAGAACUGAAGAAGAUGAUCUCUGAGGUGACUGGAGGGGUUAGCGAGACCAUCUCAUACCAGGACUUCGUCAAUGUAAUGCUCGGCAAACGCUCUGCUGUACUCAAACUGGUCAUGAUGUUUGAAGGAAAAGCCAAUGAAAGCAACCCAAAACCUUCUGGCCCUCCUCCAGAGAGAGACAUAGCCAGCCUCCCUUGAAGAGGACAGACUGAAAAAUUGGAACUGUUUGCUUUGCUGGUGUGUAACAGAGGUUACCUGUGCUUUGUUACUCUUUACUUUGGACAACCUUAGUUUUCAACUAACCUGCCUUAGAGGAACAGCAAGGGAAGCUGGGGACCCCUGGCUCACAUCUUUCUGCUACAUCCCUUAGCCAGCUUGAUUUGUUAGACAGAAGCUGUAGCACAAAGUGUAUUGUGAGACCAAAAAGAAAAAAUCCUGUGAUCUUAUUCUUUCCCCUGUCCUUUCUACAUUUCUUAGAUGACAAGGAGCUAUUUUCCUCCCAGCUUGUGGAUUUGGAGCUGUGCUUGUCUCUGCAGGUUCCUAAAGGGCCUUGCUGCCAGAUGCUGAGUGCUUCUCUGGCAGAGCCCUUGACCAGAGCUUCACGGGUGCAAAGAAUUAAGUGCCUUCACUGCUCCAUCCUCUGCUUCCUGACUUUGGACUAGUUCUUCCCCUCCUGACCUGGCCAAAACACAACUUAGGCUCCCACCUCUGUUGCCUAGUCUCAUCCUAAAUGAAGAUGAGAAGGUGCAUUGCCACCAGAGGUCUGCUUGCAGGGCCUUUAAGCUUGGAGGUGGGCAUGGCUUGCUGCAGGGACAGGCUUCUGUCUGCUCCUUGGGUUCAUCCUGCAGUCAGAUCUUGGUGAGUCUGAGCCAACUGAGCUGUUAAUGAUCCUUUUCUAGUGCCCUUUAAGCAGAUCUUAAUCCCAGAUCUCAACAUCCCCAAUAGCCCGAGGAAUAAGAGUCUGUUCAGCCAGCAUGUGAUGUCCUUGAUGUGCCUGGGUCCUGUUCUGUGGCAUUCGAUGACACAGGCCACAAGAAGAAUGGUGCAAGAAAGCCUUUAUUGAAAACACAAUGGCUGGUUAUAUAGCCAUCAGGCUCAUCCACUCCUCCAAGUAUCUCCUUGGCAUUGUGGCAUCCUGUGGUAGGUAGAAGGCAUCUUCUGAUGCCCAGCAGGCGGGCAGGACAGUCCAGCAGGACAGGCCCACCACAGCUGCUGACACGUAGGCAGGAAGGCACAUGAUCACUGGCAACUCACGUGCACACAUUCUGGCCACAAAUCAUAGUUACCAGAUCAUUACUUUCUGCCUUAAAGAUCCUCUGCUAUCCUACACAGCAUCGCUCAAUCUUGGUCCCCGACACUCUUCUCCUAGAAGACCCUUGCCUGCUGCUGAGGUUGGGAGGGUUCUAAGGGAAUAUUUCCUUAGCUAAGUUCACAGUGAGGACUUUUCUAUGGGCUUCACCUUGAACUAAGUGCAUACCAUAAGUAUUUAGACUUGCAAAAGUAACUGGCCGAAGUACCUACCUCCCUGAAAUCAGCAGGGCUAGGGUGCCCCUCUGUUUUGGUGGCUGGUUUACUGGGCCCUUCCACUACCACUUGCCUUCUGAGAGGACAAGAUAAAAUCUCAAACAUAAGCUGUCAGCAGGAACAUGUUCUGCAGGUUAGCCAUGCAGCCAGCAUCCUACUGGCUCCUACCAGAAGUGAGAUUAGAAAUAGGCAAGGAUUGUCUCCAGAUAACUGCCUUUUGGCUCCUGGCUACAAGGCAAAGACAAGGACUUUCCUCAGGAUGCUCUAAACCAAAAGACAGAGACUGGACAGUGCUUCUGCAACCAUGAUGGAUUAUAAACCCACCUGAGCCCUGAGGUCCUCAGAACAUAAAGGAAUAAGUUCUACAGAACCUUAAAAGAAUAAGUUCUGCCAAGUCUGUCAGCUGAGGAAAAGCUAUCAACCCAUUGCUGCUUUUAAUAUCUUGGGUGUUCCUCCCCCGUCCUGGUUUGCUAGGCUUUUCCUUGGCCUCCAAGACUUAUUGAUUAGCCACAGGAGGAGGAAGGAAAAAAAAAAAAAAAAAAAAAAAGCAGCAGCAAGCAAAGUCACAGACCUGAUCUAAAAAAGGGAAGCUGCAACCCUAUCCUGGAGGGGUAGAGGGUGCAACACCAGCCAGGGCAAAUGAGGAAGAUUAAAGCUACUUUAUGGCCCCUCCCUGAUAAGUCUCUACUUGGAUCAGAUCUGGAGAAUAAUCUCUGAACAGGUAGCUGUGUGUCUUGUCCAUAAAAUGUAGAAACAGGCCUGCUGUUAGGCCUUUAUGGCCCCUGAGGAAGGCUUAAGGGAAACUGAACCUGCAGGUGAAAGGAAGCUGGGUGACUAAACUGAGCCCUGCAAGCCUUUCCAUACCACUGCGGACGAAGAUCUUUCUCCAUGCUGCUGCUCCGUCUUUCUGAUUUUGCAGCUCUCUGUAUAUUUCAGCUUUGUCCCAUGGGACAGCAAUGUAUAAGAUCUCAAGUCUGCAAAACAGGAAUGGUUACAAGUAUGCAGUAGGAUGCUGGGAUCUAGAUGUAGCUGGGACUGUGCUAUUGCCUUCUGGAUACUGUGGGGAUUCUUGCUCUAUGCAUAAACUCUGGAAUCCACAUACUUGCUUUCUUCCCCUCCCUGCUCUGUUCUUACAUGUUCUUGGCAGCUUUUAACUUUUUUAAAUCAUGGUUUAAUAAAUAAUUUUUAAAAGGAAAUACAGAUGAUUGUGACUCUGCUAGACUUUUUGUUCCUGCCAAAGGCUGCACUUUUAAAUAAAAAACAAAUUCUCACUACUGUUUGCAUGAAAACCGAAACUGUAAUGGAGAAGAAAAAACUGUGAGGAAGAGCAGCACCAGUCUACUGUAAAGACCAAAAAUAAAUCUUCUGAAACCAUA